UGAAGGGAGGAAGGAAGAGGAAUGGGGCUGAACGAACAAGCCUGAACACACACUCUUUCUCACACACACACACACACACACACACACACACACACACUUCCAUAGCCAGGCAGUCAGACGUAGGGAGAGCGAGGCAGCGGCAGCGGCAGCAGCACAGCGAGGAGAAACCAGAGCCGCCAGCAUCUUAACGGACGGAGACCUGCUCCUCCAGCUGAUGUCAGGAGGACCCGCAGACAGACUCUUUGCAGACCUGGUGGUUGGUUUAAGCAGGUUUCAGAGAGUUAGACGUCUGCGUUAUUCCAACCAAAGGACCCACCAGUUGGAGGAUUACAAACCACCAAAGGAAGAAGUUUUAGUCAUCUGGACUUUGCAGACAAACAGUGGAAGGUAUCUGGAUCUGAACACCUGCUCACAAUCCUUCAGUUGGGACAUUUCUUUAGGAGUUUUAAUCAUCACCUCGCGGAAAAUCAGAGAGUUUAAUCAUCCGAACUUUACAGACAAAAGUAUUUCAUCACUUCAAAAGAAAGAUUAAGGAUCUGAGAGACACAUAGCAUCAACUAUCUGCUGUCGAUCUUUCUGUCAACGACGUUCAGACAUCAGAACGCCACCAACAAAGUGUUUUUCCUGUUUUCUGACAUCAAGGAAACGUUUUCUGGCUCUAUUUUUCUUGUCAGGCGCUCAUUAAGGAACUCCAAUAUCAAGGACAUUUUCCAGCUUUCUCCGAUACGAAGACUUUCUUCUGUUGGAUGUUUUGAAGUUUGUUCCCUGUGAAGGAUUUCAGGGACAUUUUGGUCCGAGCUCGAUGUUCAAGAGGACUGCAGAAACUACAGACGCCACGAGGACGGCAUCGCAGGGAAUGUGUGUGUGCAUGCUGAAGAGAGAGCGUGUUAGCGUGCAUGAGAGAGUGUGUGUGCUUUGCGUGUUGCAUGCUCAUGUGUCCGGAUGCCACACUGCGCUGCAGACGGGCCCACAUCACCCACAUCACCCACAUCAACACAGUGCGACGGCGACUCGGCUGCUUAGGCGUUAUUUCCUGUUGCUCAACAUUUGUUGAUUCGCCGUGAGGAAAAUAAAUCGACCGGUCGGAUACGAAGAGACAUCUCGUGGAGAAGCUGCAGAGCGAAGCUGGAGGUUUGACCCGGCGACUGGAGCGUGCUACUCUGAUUGGGUGAUUACGCACUGCUCUCUUCUUCUGCUGAACUAUUUGGGCUCGUCUGUGUUUCAUCAGUCCUCCAGUUCUUGUGAGUUUUCCUGACGUCGAGGAGAAACUGAGGAGCGGGCUUUGAUGAUGUGGAUAUUUUUCAUCAUUCAACACAAAUUUCUUGGAUCUUGGAUUACUGCCGUUCCACCUUAACUGGCUGCAGAGCAUCAUGGGAGAUAUGAAGGCACAAUGAAAAUCUGGUUCCUUACUGGUGUAGCAAGAUACGCUGAAGAUAUAAUCCUUUAUUUUUUUAACACACGUUUACUCUUUUUGAAUUUAAGUAUGAUUAAGUAUUUAUUCUCCUUUCUGUCCUACUUGCAAUUUUUUAAAGGAGAUUAUUUAACAUUUUCAAACACUUUUUCUUGAGGUUAUAGAUUAUUUUUUGUGCACGAGAUUUUUCUAGAAUCUGGAGCUCUGCGACGUCCGUCUUUAGUCGGACCACUUUUUAGCACACGAUUCAGAAGACCUGGGACACAUUUUGUGCAGUCAUGCUCCCUGGAGGGCUGGUGUCGGGUGGAGGGGGUCGCGGCGGCGGCGGCAGCGGGCUGUGCCUGCUUCGGUGGCUGGGCCUCAGGCUGUGGUCCCGUCGGGGGACCCUGGUGUUUGCUCUGCUCUGGUUCGGCUCCUGGUUGUUCCUGAAUGGCCUGGUUCUGGUCCACAGGAGCAUCCUGUCCGACUACUGCACCGACGACAAGAGCAAGAGGAUCCUGCAGAGACUGUGCCUGGAGUUCGGCGAGGGCUCGGUGACGGGGGACAUGUGCGAGGACCUGUGUGUGCUCGGCCUGGUCGAGUACAAGCGCUGCCUCUACUACGAGAACGGGAAGAAGGUGAUCGAGGCGCGCUGGAGAGGAAACCCCGUCAUCCUCAAGUCCAAGCUGGAGAACUUCUCCUCGUACGAGCCGCUGGGAAUACUGGACUACCAGGACACGGCAGAGGAGCUCUCGCCGCUGGACGUGGUUUUCUACGCUACUCUGGAAGUGCGAAACUCUCUGGGGCUGGCUGAGGAGGACGAGGACGAAGAGGGAGGAGGAGGAGGAGGAGGAGGAGGAGGCAGUAACAGCUCUCUGGCCAGGCUUUGGGGGAAGAAGCUGAAGAACAGAGAUAAGAGUUACUCCAGAGCAGAGCUGGCCUCGCUCUGGUCUCUGCUGCAGCAGGAGGAGUACACCUUCCUCAGAGUCCUGCAGGACCUCAGCACCCACGUGGCCAAGGUAUUGGGCUCCUGCGGUCAUUUCUACGCCGUGGAGUACCUCUCCGCCGGCCACGCCUGGGACCAGAACAUCUUCUCCCUGGAGGAGGUGGCCGUCUCGGGGCUGCAGGGUCAGGACCGAGCCGGAGCCCGGGGGAGGUGGACCGCCAGGGAGAUGGUGCAUCGCAUCGCGCUGAGCUUCCUGGACAUGGUGUGGCACUUUGACAACGACUUCACCCACAAGCUGCACCUGUGUGACAUCAAACCGGAGAACUUCGCCAUCAGGAAGGACCUGACGGUGGUGGCGAUCGACGUGGACAUGGCGUUCUUUGAGCCCAAGAUGAGGGACAUCCUGGACCAGAACUGCAGCAGCGACGACGACUGCAACUUCUUCGACUGCUCGUCCAGGUGUAACCUGAACAAACGCAGGUGCAGCGCCCGCCGCCGCAACAGCAACCUGCAGGUGAUCUGUGAGAAGAUCUUCAGGCCGUGGUUUUCUCCCACGCUGCUCGGGGCCAAAGCAGGUCUCCCUCUGCAGGUGGAGCUGCAGCGAGCGGUGCAGGAGUGUUCAGAAACAGACGGAGGUGUGGAGGAGAGGGAGGAGAGGGAGGAGAGGGAGGAGAGGGAGGAGAGGGAGGAGGAUGGAGGUGGAGGAGGAGGAGAAGGCAGAGACGUCCAUCAGCGCCUCCUCAGCAUCCUGACCCGCCUCCUCCAGGAGGGGGGGGCCUCAGGUGAGGGAGGAGGGACCUGGGAGGAGAAAGGUCACGACCACACGGCCCUGAACUUCUGAGGAGGAGAAGUGACGACUGUCAGCGACCUAUGAAGGGCCCUACAGAGGGGGGGGGACCUCGGAGGUUCAUCCCUGAAUCCAAUGACUCUCAUGGAGAGAACACAGAUGUUCGUCUGCUGACGGAGAGAAUGAAUCCACUGGCUCAUUUUCAGGUCCAGAGCCACAGUUUGAGCCACUAGCAGGACGUUUCAAUCAGAUCCAAGAGGGAUCUGAAUCCAGAUGGAACGGGACACAGAUUCAGGAUUCUAUCUGUUCAAACAUGAAGUAUAAAUCAGGGCUGUCAAAGUUAACGGGAUAAUAACGUGUUAUUAAACGCCACGGACUUCUUUAACGCAUUAACACAACUUAAUAUUUACAUUUCUUUCAUAUGAAACUAUAGAACCUGAUGAAUCCAUCGGUACCAACCAUGUCAGACUAGCUGGUCAUGACGGAGGUUAAAUAACGCUCCAAAGUUGCGCUUAAUUUUGGCGUGGAAAAAUCGUCUUGUCCCUUUUCAAAGGGGUCCCUUGACCUCUGACCUCUGACCUCUAUCUUAAGGUUGUUUCCGGUGUGUCCUGCACCGUCAGCUCUAGUCUGUCGGAGCUCGCCGGUGAGAGAAAUCACUCUGAUUGGCUGUUCAGCUCAAACCAAUCAGUGCACGAGAAGAGAAACGGACGUGAGGAAAGCGAGAUGACUCUUCUCGUUUUCCAUCUUCAUCUCAUCUGAUCAUUCCAGAUGUUCUCACAGUGACAUGAACAUCUGGAAUGAAGCUAAGUGGUGAUUGGGAGCGGUGUGGAAAUGGUCGCCAGACGCCGCUUUGUUUCAUGUACGCAUCAUAACUCGUAUAUCCACCGUCUUCCAGUUGUUGAAUGAUGAACACAGACUACCGCCGCCUGCUGGCGUGGAGAGUUAUUGUGUUGAUGUGAGGCGUCGCGACAGGCGUCCUUCAUCGCCACUCGUUCUCUGACUGGCUCGGUGCGUCUGGGCCUUUAGACGUCAGUGUUCUUCCGGCCGCUUGACCUCAACUCCAUCCGGCACCUUCGGGAUGAACCGGACCACCGACUGAGAGCCGAGACAUGACAUCACCGCCGUCGGUGUUGGACCUCACCGAUGCUCCUGAAACCAGCAGAGGGGACGCUCCGCUGCUCGCCGUCCAGGACCGCCGUUCAUGACCAGACUGUUGGAUGUUGUGAUGGCUGAGAAUCAGUCUGGACUUCAUCAGGACAUCCAGACGCUCAGCGAUGUCCUCUUCUCAUCAGAGGGACAUGUCCUGUCUUCUUCUACGUGUCCAGUUAGUCUCAGUGAGAUUUAAAACACAACAUCUCUCUCGUUGGUAGAGAGACUGCACUGAGAAAACAUCUGUGAUACAUGAAUGUGAGCUGCAGACCAGAUGUUACCGUUUAGUAAAUCUAUUAAUCUCUAAUUAUAUCAGUUAAUAACUAAAUGAACGCCUAAAGGCUGUUUCGGUGCAGUUUGAAAGCAGAUAACUCAUAUUUUUAAAAACAAACUGUUGCGUACAACGUCCUCAAAGAAACAUUCAUCUUAACUCCAUGAUAAAUCACGUAAAGCUUCACUCACCAUUAGUUGAGUGAAGCUUUAACGAGCGCCGUCUGUCCUGCAGGGAGACAACAGAACAUCUGUUAGCGUGUUUAUGUUCAUGUUGAUAAGAGAACAAACGAUUUAAACCAUAUUUGUUGUGUUCUGAUAAUAAAAAUGUUCAAACAUCUGGAUCAAUAA